GGACAUGAGUUUUCAUUAGCUGAGCCGCUGAGGUGCCUUUGAAAGGAGAAGCGUAGGCAUAUUACAUCAGAGAACCAGCAAAGAAAACGCCAUUACAUAAAAACAUUACAUGACACGUCCAUUUUUAUACCAGUAUCAAGCUUCACAAAUCACACGACAUUAAUAAAAACACUUCCCAUCUGCAAUCUGCAGAGGAGAGAGAAACAGAAAGAGAAAGAGAGAGAUGUGGGAAGCUGUGCUUCUAACAUUAGCGGCAACGGCCGGCAAUAACAUUGGCAAAGUCUUGCAGAAAAAGGGCACCCUUAUUUUACCCCCUCUCUCUUUCAAAUUCAAGGUGAUCAGGACGUAUGCCUUCAAUAAAGCUUGGGUGACAGGAUUUCUGAUGGACAUUGGUGGUGCACUUUUGAUGUUAAGGGCAUUAUCUCUUGCUCCAGUAUCUGUCAUUCAACCUGUUUCUGGAUGUGGACUUGCGAUACUUUCCAUUUUCUCCCACUUUUACUUGAAGGAACUUAUGAAUGUUGUAGAUUGGAUGGGAAUUUUAUUGGCCGGUAUUGGCACAAUAGGAAUUGGUGCUGGAGGUGAGGAGCAGACGGCUUCUCCUAUUUCUAUCUUCCACCUUCCUUGGCUAGCAUUUGUCGUAGUCAUCGUGUUUGUAAUCUUGAAUGGGUGGCUUCGUAUUUACAGACGCCAGCGAAGAGAACAAGAACUGAUGCAAUCUGAAGUUGUCGAAGAAAUAAUAUAUGGUCUGGAGUCUGGCAUUCUAUUUGGGAUGGCAGCUGUCGUGUCAAAGCUGGGAUUUAUAUUUUUGGAGCAGGGUUUUUCGAAGAUUCUCCUUCCUCUUAGUAUAGCAAUAAGUAUAUGCUGCAGUGGCACAGGAUUUGUUUACCAGACCAAGGGUUUGAAGCAUGGCAGGGCUGUAGUGGUUUCUACAUGUGCUGCAGUAGCAUCAAUUGUGGCUGGUGUACUUUCUGGCAUGUUUGCUUUAGGCGAGCACUUGCCUGAAGCUCCAGGAGCUCGUCUCUUGCUGUUACUUGGAUGGUUACUUAUAAUUGUAGGUGUGAUUCUGUUGGUGAGCUCAACAAAGUUGGUGCGUUUCCUUCCAGGGAAAGCGAAGCGUUCUGCGCGAGGUGGAUUGGACAAGAGCUUUAGUGCCAAGCAACCUGGGUUAAUCCGAACUAGGGAUCCAAAUCCGAGUGCGGUCAUUCAUGCAAACACUUUGCAUCAUUUGUUAACUUCCCCAACAAAGGAGAAGCCAUGAACAACAAAAGAACUUGUAUAUACUUAGUCUGCUAAUGGCUAUUGUCUUGCGUUGAAGAAUCUUAGUGUUAGUCUCUGACAUAUACGAUAAGUUUUCCGAAGCAUGUUUUUUCGUAUUAAAUAUUGUUGGGAAACCCUGAAAUCUGAUUUCUUUUAGCUCAAAUUUGGAUUUAUCGCAGAUGUUACAGUUACAAAUUCAGCA